UGGGUCAAAUGAAUGAUUGUUUGUUAAUAGAUAUGUUUAUAAUGUGCUGUAUGAUUUGUUUUUGAAUGCUGUUUUAAGUUGUUUGUCUGUUUUAAGUUGACCUGUUUAAUAUUAAUGGUCCUAUGUAUCUCUGACAAGUUUAAGAGACAGCUCUGCUUUCUUCGUAUUAUCCUUGAGCGAUGUAGAUUGUUUUUUUAAAGAGUUGCUGACCAUACAAGCAUAUUUUUUUUUAUAUGAUAUUUUCGAUGGCAAGAUUUAUAGAUGUUUGUAGAACCAGGUGGAUUAUGCCUUGAUUAUCUUCAGUUGACAUUAAAUGCAAAAAGUUUUACCGGACGCUCUUAUCCAGAGCAAUUUACAGGAGAAAAUAGGGUUAAUUGCCUUGCUCAAGGGCACAUUGACAGAUUUUUCACCUAGUUGGCUUGGGUAUUCAAACCAGCAACUUUUUGUUUACUGGCACAAGGCUCUUAAUCACUAGGAUACCUGCCGCUGAGUAAAUUACAUGCACAGGCAUUUGGUCUGGUUUUCUAACUAACACAGUGGAUCAUUCAUAGUGUUUUUUGACCUCCAAUACCUCAGCCUGGAUCUAAGGAUGAAAUGACUAUAAUAGCACAUGAGAACAGGCACUGCUGUUGACCUACUGUAUGCUACAAAUAAAGGUCAUUAGGUGAACUGAAUGAAAACUGAAUCACCUCGGUGAUGGUAAAGUACUGUAUUGUAUUCCUCUAGCCAGAACAUGUUUGGAUUCUGUUAGUGUAGUUUUUUGACCGAUGCUGUUCUUCACUCAUGUCAACAUUCCAAAGUUCAAGAUGUACCAACAUGUCUCAAAGGUGAAAGAUUAGGGGAAAUUGUUGAGGUAUUCAAUGAUGGUCCUGAAGGGCUACUGCAGCUGCUGCUUUGCAUUCAAUCCCGCUGAUCAGGGACUAAAUACAAAUUGAAAUCAUUUCAAAUACUUUAGCUGUACUUGAUUGAGCUUGCCUGUUGCAAUGGAACCAAUAGAAAUCUCCUAAAAGUGCAAACCCCAACCACAUGGCACUCCAGGCAGGCUGAAGCAAACGCGGAAAGUAUUUGAACGAUUUCAAAUAGUAUUUUAACCCAGGUUUGCCUGGGUAAUAACUAUUUUGUAAGUCAGUUAUAUGACCUGUACUAUUCAGAAAACAUUUGGGUCCGGAAUGAGCAUUUUGGCUUCUUGUUUAUGUUUAACUCCUAGAAAAGGGUUUUUGGUAGUAAGUACUCUCAAUAACUAAACCAUUAUGCCCUUGUUGUUUUGAUUUGAGGGUGGAUUUCAGGGAUUACGGCGCCAUGUAUCUGAAUACCCUGGUAAUCUGGCUAGUUGGCACCGAAGAGUGAGGUGUUCGGAGGCUGUAGCUCGGCUUCUUAGCCAUGGAGACAGAGGGGCCGCCUGCUGCACCAGGCCAGUAUAGCCAGCCCGGUCAGCCAGGCCCAGUGCUGGGGCUUCGGAGUCUCUCCUUUGCCUACCAGGGCUUGCUAGAGAUCCCCUACGAAGUCAUACUAGCCCAGCAACACACCCUGGAAGUGUUGGACCUCAGCUACAACCUGCUGGAGGAGAGCCCAGCUCUCCUGGGUGAACUGGAGCAGCUCAGCACUCUGAUCCUGGACUGCAACAGCUACUCGUCCCACGUCAAGUUCCCCUACAUGCCAAGCGUCACCACCGUGUGGAUCAACAAGAACAAGAUCAGCAACCUGCCCAUCUUCGUGGAGGAGAUCCACCGCAAGUUUCCCAACAUUAAGAUCCUCAGCAUGAUGAACAACGAGGCAGCACCCAGCUACUUCAAUGGAGGGAGUCUGCCCCAGUACAUAGACUACAGGCAGUAUGUGAUCAGUCAGAUCCCAAGCCUGACGAUCCUGGAUGACACUGAGGUUCUGGGGAAAGAGAGAGCGCAGGCUAAGAAGACCUAUAGGAUGCAGAGGAUCAGGGAAGGCAGCAAAAGGAGGAAGGAGCUCCAUCGUUGAACCCUCCUUAAUAGUGCUACCUAUAUAACUGAUCUGAAGACGUAUCAAGAUGAGCAAAUCAUUAAUUCUAGCGAUAGAUGAUUAGUUCAAGCAAGCUAGCACCAGUUGUAAAUAUAUUGUCAACAUGUUAUUUGUUAAAAUGAAAAUGGGAUACUUUUUGUUAUGAUUUUCUAUGGACAUGGGGAAUUUCCCUUAUCAUUAAAGAAAUGAAGGGAAGAUAUUCCAUUUGAAUGGUGAAUGAAGAUGUUUUGCAAAAGUAAAUAAUUCCAUGUCACACUCAAACGUCAUUUUGUCAUUACUUGUAUGUUACAUAUGUUCCUUUGGCAAGAAAAGCGCUUAUUUAGGCCUAUGAGAUAUCAAAUUACCAGUGUACUGACCGAUCUGUCAAAAUGACCAUUGAAAAGUCCUAACUCAGAGAGUGAGAGUGACAACGUGGAAUUAUCAUGACAAGCAUGGUUGAGAAAUGGAUUGUUUCCUCAUAGAGUGUCCAAUUAUCUAUUUGAAAAGUUAGUUUAAAUCUUUAUCUUGUGGCAUUAAAGAUGAAGUGAUACACAGCA